CCGCACUUCCAGCAAAAACAAUCUCCCUCAUUUAUAUGCUCGCAGGCAGAAUCACAAGCGAGACUGGUUAACCCUAAGAAGCCUUAUGGUUUUUGACUGCCAACGGGUCCAAGCAGCAAGUGAUAGGAUAAGGAGAGAGUAAAAGUCAGGAAGCGUUGUGUCGAUCCGACCAUGGCGACCCGGACGUCCGUCCUGUCCAACCCCAAGCCCGGUACUAUAUUACACAGACGAGUCACCUCUGCGACCGCCACUCUUCAACCACCCAUCGAGAUCACACGGACUACCCACAACAGAAGUUGCAGCGAUACCGCGGGACUUGUCAGCAGCAUGUCGCACCUCCGAACAGACGAUGAACCAUACGUCGGUGGGCACUACGACGCCCUCGCGAGCAUCGACAUAUCCUUCCUCGGCCCAGACGGUUCCCUACACAUGGGCAAUGUAUCACAAAAGGAGAACAAAGCCGCGAGACGGCACCUGGGGCAAGUCUUUGGGGCGACCACUCAAUACUUCUGCGAGCCCUGGGUAGUUCUAGGCUGUACACCUUCGGUUCCUGUCGGGCGGCUGCCCGAACUGGUUGGAGGUCUAAUUGCAAUCUGGCGCCAGGCCGACGAUAUGGAUUUUAGCCCUAAGAUCGGCGAGUUCGGACAAGCAGAGAAGUAUAUGGUGGUUGACGCGUCCAUCUUGGAGGGUUUCCAGGAUAACCGCAUACCAGGGAAGGAUGCUGUUGCCCGCCUCAUCGGCUCCGUCUUUCCUACGUGUAUCGCGAUCACCUAUGUUGCCGGCACUGUCGUCGUGGAACUCCCUAGAAGCGAGGAAUCUGUGUUCCGAGAGACAUUGAUGGAUAUGCCGCCAUUGAUUGAACGCGCACCGUUCAAUUUACAGUACCAUAAUGGUCCUUUGACAAACGUGGGGCGACGUAGGCGGGCCCAGAAGCCAAAGCCACAGGUUGCCGAGGAAGAUCGCGUUGCAGACGAGACAGACUACGUUGCCAAAGAUGGCCAAUUCUACCCCGGAACAAUGUUGUCAUCGGUGGACAAGAAAGGGAAUACCUACUCGUCCGCGUCAGCAGGCGUACUUGUCCAGAAAGGGGGCCAGCAGCGGUUGAUUUGUUCAUGGCAUUGUUGGGAGGAGCAUGACAAGAAAUACCCCGGUCUCUUCGAUGAGGACAGCAACAAAGCGCGCGAAGUUUUCCGCAUAAUCCAGGGCGAGGGCGGUACUGAAGUAGGCCGAGUGGUAGAGAGAGUAGGGCAGACAGAUAUCGCCCUGGCCAAACUCCAUCCCGGCAUCAAGUUCGUGAAUAACUUUAUGGAUAUCAACACGAAUGCGAAGAGCCUCGUUCCCAGCAACCAAGUCCGCCUGUACGACCGUUUCCUCAUCGAUGGCUUCAGUACGGGGAAGCAGACACUCGUGUCUCUCGGACGCCGUUUUGAGCCAAAGAGAGCAGAGGGGGAGCCACACAGCCUCCUCUUGGAAAAAAGACUCGAUGAGGACGGUGAAGAAAUUGAUGUGGUUAUGCCGAAGGACGAGGUGGUCUACAUUGCAGGAGAACAGGGGGUGAGCGGUACCAGCGAUAACAUUCAAACCGAGAAGCCGUACAUACGGGAUAGUGCUUGUGGUUCGGCAUUGGUUCGGUGUUUUGCGGAGAACAAAAAGCAUCUGCCCAUGAAGGACAUGCUCGCCCUAGGGGAGAUUUGUGGCAUGUUCCAUUAUGCAGAUCCGACGUCAAAGUAUGCGGAUUCAGCAUCUAAGUACCUCAUCUACGCGGACGCCUUCGAUCCAUUGAUCGAUGGUGGCUGGACAAUUGUGCCGCCGCAGGGACAGUCGGAUGGAGCGAAUACGGAGUUGGCACGGAUACCUCAUCACGAGAAGCCCGAGGGGGAGGAGUCACCAAAGAAGAAAAGAAAGGUAUAGAUUAUUAAACGAGACCCGAGGGGGAGGAGUCGCCGGCGGAAAGAGGAAGAAGGGUAUACCUACUAGCUAAGCUAGGGUGUUGAUGGUUACACAAUCUAUCCCAGAAACGCAGCCUUGGUACG